AUGGUAAGUGGAAUGGGCCCAGCACCGAAUCAGGCCGACACUGUAGCAUUCUGGCGCAGCCUGUGGUCAGAGCCCGUAAACCACAGCGAGGGCUCUUGGACGGAAGUUGUCGCGAGUCAGUGUGCGAGUAUAACGCCCAUGGACCUCGUGGUUAUAACACCGGAUGACGUAGCUGUGGCGGUCCGUAUGGCCCCGAACUGGAAAAGGCCGGGACUCGACCCCGGCCCGACAGUUUCAAGACGUUCUCAACCAGAAGUCGCUCCCAAGUCUCUUCACUACUGGGAUCAUCCAUUUGGUUCCUAA